UCAGCAUAUUAUAUCCUUCUGAUUUUUAAAUUUUUACUUUUUCUAUCAAAUGGUAUGAAACUUUUCUCAACUAUUCUAAUAUCCUACGUUGUUAUACCGUAUGUGAUGAUAUUAUACAGAUUCCUAUACACUGCUUUUAUAAAAAUAUUUUUAAUAUCUUCAAAGUUGAUAGAAAUGGAAGAGAACAGUUCAAAAAUAUACAUACUUACGUACUUAUAUAAGUCGAACAUCGUCAAGCAAGUAACAAUCCCUAGUGAUCAGAUGAAGUUGGUUAAAAAUAUGAAAUCGCUUUUGUUUUUACUUUUUUUUUAAUGGGUUGACAUCUUUUUCAUGCGUGACAGUGGCUGCCGAGAUAAAGAUACGAAAUGAAUAAACUCAAAGAUAAACUAUUACUAUUAUCAGCAAUCUUCGUAUUGUUCACAGAUGCAAUUGAUUAUAUUGUUUUAUUUCCUACUCCUUUGUUCGACGCAUCUUAAAGCAGACAAAAGGAUAAACAAAUAUGUGACUACCGUAAUAGAUGCAAAGUGGAGAGAAACACCCUUAAUUCUUGAAGCUGCAGAAUAUCUAAACGAUGAAAAUCCAAAUUAUUUUUGGAAAUUUAUAGAUACUUUUGCAAAUCGAGAUUUAAGAAAUGUUACAGCACGAGAAAGUUAUGAUAUCAUUAUUGAAUUUGCUGAAAAAUAUUUGUCUCCUUCAGAAAUAGCAUUGCUUAAACUAGGAUUAUCUUUACGCAUUUAUUCAGCACGCGUUGAAAUGUUUAAUCAAAUGGCAGAAAACAAAAAUGUUUCUGUAUUUAAUUGUUAUAAUGUGGUGAACAUUGGUGGAGUACUUACUUGUUCAUUAGAGGAAUUAGAAAACUUAAUUGAUAAGGAAACUUGGCCAAAACCUGACACUUACAGUAUAGAUCACCGUUAUCAUACAUCUCAACAAUCUGAAAAAGUUAUUAUAUUAUAUGGUCAAGUGGGAACACCUCAAUUUUCAAGUUUUCACAAUGCAUUGAAACAUCUUGCUGAAACUAAGGGGAUCAGUUACAUUUUACGACACUAUUUGAAGGACAGAGAAGGAAAAAAUGUACGUUUGUCAGGAUAUGGGGUAGAAUUGCAAAUGAAAUCUACAGAAUACAAAGCAACAGAUGAUUCUGAUAUUAAAGACAAUGCUGACAAAGAUUCAGAAAUGGCAAAUGAUAAUAUAGAAGAAAUAGAUGGAAUUAAUUUUAUGACUUUGAAGAAUUUGUAUCCCGAUAAGCAAGUAGAAUUAGACAAAUUACAGACUCACUUGCUCGAGAGUAGUCAUGAAAUUGGUGCUUUAAAGGUAUGGCAAUUCCAAGAAUUAAGUCAUCAAGCAGCCGAGAGAAUAAUGAAUUCUCCUACAAACGAAGCUAUUAAUGUUUUAACAGAUAUUUCUCAGAAUUUCCCAAUGCAAGCAAAAUCUUUAAUCAGAACAAAGGUAAAUAGUGAGAUGAAGAAAGAAAUGAAACUCAAUCAAGCAAUAUUUUCUACAAGUUUAAACAUACAACCCACGGAUACUGCACUCUUCAUUAAUGGACUGUUUUUCGAUUUGGAGGCUAUAGACGUACUCAGCCUAUUGGAAUCGUUAAGAAGCGAAUUAAGAGUAAUGGAAUCCCUUCGUAAAAUCGGAUUUAGUAAUAAAAAGAUGAGUAAAUUAUUAGCUUUAGACUUAUCCACUAACAUGGAUAAGCAAGAAUUUGCAAUGGACAUAAGAGAUUCGGCCAUUAAUUGGGUUAACGAUAUUGAACAAGAUUCGGCAUACGCAAGAUGGUCACCAUCAUUAACAGAAUUACUGAGACCAACUUUUCCUGGAAUGCUUAGAAAUAUUAGGAGAAAUUUGUACAAUUUGGUACUCAUGGUCGAUCCCUUGAGUAGAGAAUCGACGCCGCUGAUAACUUUAGCACAAUCCUUGUAUUUACAUUCCGCGCCGUUACGAGUAGGUUUUGUUUUCAUAACGAAUUAUGACACUUCUAUAACUGGCUUGACAGAUGCUAGUAUUGCAGCCAAUAAUGUAUACCACUACUUUGCGGAAACAAAAGGAUCAGAACAUGCUUUACAGUUUUUAAUAGACUUAGGAAAUUACAUCAAGCCAGACGGAGCAACCGUAGAAGAUGUAAAGAAAGCUCUAAGAUCACAAGAUUCAUCGGCUAACGUGAAUUAUAUCCUCGGAGAAGAAUCGGAAUAUGAUAUUGGACGACACUUGGCUAGUGAUUUCGUUAAACGGUCUGGUUUUAAGAAAUUUCCUCAAGCUCUAUUAAACGGUGUACCCUUGUCUUCCGAUGUAUUGAACGCCGAGUCUUUUGAGGAAGCUGUUCUAUCCACUAUUAUGUCACAGACACCUGCACUACAGAAAGCAGUUUACCGAGGAGAAAUAACCGAAGGAGAUGACGUAGUCGAUUAUAUUAUGAAUCAGCCAAAUGUUAUGCCCCGUUUAAACGAACGAAUAUUAAAGUCAGAAAAACAUACCUGGUUGAAUUUAAUUGGUACUCUACCAAACGACGAAGAAUAUACUAAGUGGAGUCCUGAAGAUUUGUCUACGUGGUUAAUGACCAAACUGAAUUAUUUAUUUGUACCGCGUCGUACGAACGUACAUCAUUUGUACACCUUUUGGAUCGUGACAAAUUUAAACGAUGCAAAGGGCAGACAGUUAUUACGCGAGGCCUUUGAGUACAUAGAGUCAAACGCAGAUGUCAGGAUUACCAUAAUAAUUAAUCCAGCCACUGAUACCGAUAAUGCUGUUAAUGCAAUCGAUAUCAAUCGAAUAGCAUUGACUGCAAUAAAUGUUCUCCCCACAGACAAGGCUCUGCAUUUUGUUCGUAAUAUAAUCAAAGAGGAUGUUGUUACCGAUAUUAUUAGUGGUAAAUUUGAUAUACAGGAAGAGGCUGUAAAAGAAAAGUUGCAACAAGAAACAGAGGAAUUAUCUGUACACCAAUAUUAUGUUAAGACCGUAUUAAAGUUAGCAAAAGGAGUCACUGCGAUCGUAUGUAACGGACGAUUAAUUGGUCCUUUAGACGAAAACGAAGAAUUUACGAGCGAAGAUUUUUCGUUGUUGGAAAGAUUCAGUCAAAGUAGUUAUGGCGACAAAUUGUUUAAAAAGUUAAUAAAAGGACAAUUAUUAGAAGACGACGAAUAUGAAAAGAGCGAAAUCACGGAUGAUAUGAUAAUGAAAAUUACGUCAUUAUUAGUGUCGCACCCCCAAACUCGUGCCCGAUUCGAUGUUCCUUUUCACGGUGACGAGUACAGUGCCAUAAAAAUUCCAACGACAAAUCCUGACGAAGUGGCAUUUAAUUUAAUCGCCAUCGUGGAUCCCGUAUCGCGCGGUGCCCAAAAAUUGGGUCCAAUUUUGAAAACAUUACAACAGUCUUUAAAUUGCGACAUCAAAGUGUUUUUGAAUUGUUUAGACAAGAACAGCGACAUGCCAUUGAAAAGUUUUUAUCGAUUCGUAUUUGAACCUCAAUUACAAUUCAAUUCCGAUGGUCAUAUAAAUGGAGCCAUGGCGAAAUUUACAAAACUGCCUACAUCUUCUCUUUUGACUCAAUAUAUCCAUGCGCCAGAAAACUGGUUGGUGGAAGUGGUUCGAAGCAUUUACGAUUUAGAUAACAUUAAAUUGGACAAUGUAGCGAUGGGAGUGCAUAGCGAAUUCGAAUUAGAGCAUUUGCUGCUUGAAGGUUACUGUUUCGAAGCGGUGAUGGGAAGUCCACCGCGAGGAUUACAAAUCACGUUAGGAACAGAGAAACGUCCGUUAAUGGUAGACACUAUAGUGAUGGCAAACUUGGGAUACUUUCAGUUAAAAGCAAAUCCAGGAGAAUGGAUUUUGCGUUUGCGACAUGGAAGAUCGGCAGAAAUAUACGAUUUUACUACUGUCGGUGGUCAGGAUGUUGUACAGAAGGGCAACGAGGUGAAAGUUGUUAUAAGUUCUCUAAGAAGUCACGUAUUGAAAAUCAAAGUAUCGAAGAAACCGGAUAAAGUUGAAAUGGAUCUUCUAUCGGAGGAUGACAAAAGUUCUGGCUUAUGGAACUCUAUUUCUAGCUUUUCCAAAUUUUGGACAUUCACCACGUCGGACGAUAGCGAAGACAUGGACGAGAAGUUGAACAUAUUUUCCCUAGCCUCUGGUCAUUUGUACGAAAGAUUUUUGAAAAUUAUGAUGUUAAGCGUGAUAAAGCAUACUAAAAGUCCCGUGAAAUUUUGGUUUCUAAAAAAUUAUCUUUCCCCAACGUUAAAAGACUUCUUACCGCAUAUGGCAAAAGAAUACGGUUUCGAAUAUGAGCUCGUACAAUACAAAUGGCCUCGUUGGCUCCAUCAACAAACAGAGAAGCAGAGAACUAUAUGGGGUUAUAAAAUAUUAUUCCUGGAUGUACUGUUUCCGUUGAAUGUUAAAAAGAUAAUAUUCGUCGACGCAGAUCAGGUUGUAAGGGCAGAUUUGAAAGAACUAGCGAAUAUGGAUCUUGGCGGUGCACCAUACGCGUACACUCCAUUUUGCGACAGUAGGAAGGAAAUGGACGGGUUCAGAUUUUGGAAACAAGGUUAUUGGCGGAAUCACUUACAAGGACGCGCGUAUCACAUCAGUGCACUAUACGUGGUGGAUUUAAAACGUUUCCGACGCAUCGCAGCCGGAGACAGAUUAAGAGGACAAUAUCAAGCGCUGAGUCAAGAUCCUAACAGCUUAGCCAAUUUAGACCAGGAUCUUCCUAAUAAUAUGAUCCAUCAAGUGACUAUCAAAACAUUACCGCAAGAGUGGUUGUGGUGUGAAACUUGGUGCGACGACGCAUCCAAGAAAUACGCUAAAACCAUAGAUUUGUGUAACAAUCCGAUGACCAAGGAAGCAAAAUUACAAGCUGCCGUGCGCAUUUUGCCAGAAUGGGUGGAAUACGACGAAGAAAUAAAAGCUUUGCAAUCGAAGAUAGAGAACGAAAAUAGACAAUUGGAAAAGGAAGCGCAUGAAACAUUAGAAGAUUCCACGAAACACGAAGAAUUGUAAGAACAAAACUGGUACAAAGUACAAGAAAGCACGUACGAAAACUAAGUAUACACAGCGAAAGAACACAGAGUUGACUAAAACAGAAAGAAGACUGUAAAACAAAGUUUCACGCAUCACCGCUCCAAGCAACCUUUUAUGCAACAGUUCCACGAAUAAAAAACAUACACCGCGAGAGUCGAAUGUUACGCGAGUAAGCAUGAAACGGAAUCUGUGCUCGUUGUACGUGGUACCGUUUGAUCGACCGAAAAUGAGCGUUGUCGUUGGUAAUGUAUCGGGAUUAAUUGUACAGGUGAAAUUAUGUUUACACCGUUUAUGUAACGGUGAUUUUGUAUCGUCUACUUUGUGAUUGCCAUAAGAAAUAAACUUGUAACGUUUGUAAAUUA